UCCUUUUGUGUGUCACAAAAUUUGUGGUUACCUUAAAUUCUCAUCCAAACAAGACACCUACAUGAAAACUCUCUUGCAUGUUUUUCCAUUUCCAUUUCCAUUUCCAAAGAAAAAAUCCCUAACCUUUUGAUUCAAAUUCACACCAUUUUCUCCAAUUGUGUCCAACCCAAUUCCCAAAACAACUCAAUCAUUGAUUUUCACUCAAUUUCACCAUCUGGGUCAUUGAUUCACUGAUCAUGCUUUCACUCAAUUCUUUACCAUUUCUUGUGGAAACAAGUUUUGACACAACUUUGUUACUUCUUCACACUAGGAAUCUCAAAUUCACACCAAAGUUUACAACUUUGAAUGCUUCAUCUUUAGCAUUUAGUAAUAAGGGAUUGGGGGGUUGUGGUAGAUUGAACUAUGGAAGUGUUAGAUUGGUUCAUAAGAAGAAUAUAAGAGCUGUUGGUAAGAGUUUUGAAACAGGUGAUGAUGAAUCAGAGGAUGAUGUGGUUAAAGUUACUAUUGAGAAUAGCAAAAAGGUUAUUGCUUUGCAAAGGGAACUACUUAAACAGAUUGCUGAAAGAAAGAAACAAGCUUCUUCUGUAGAUAGUGACAGCAUUCCUGAAUUGGAAGGAGACAGUAUUUCUUAUGAUGGCAGUGAAAAAUCUCUGCCAAGUAACUCAAAUCCACGUAAAGGUUUUUCCAGCAGUGGCGGUGUUGUUGAAAACCGAAAUGAUGGCACUGUUUUAAGUAACCAUGUCCAUUCUAGAGAAAAGGAGGCACUAGAUGAAGGAAAAAAGAAAAAUGAUAAAUUCUCACCUUCUGAAAUGGCUUCAUCUAGGCGAUAUUUCGAUGAACAAUUUAAAAACAAGUGGUAUGAGGGAAAGAAGACGGUUAGCCCUAAUACUGUGACGAAAGACCUUGCAAAUGGCAUUGAAACUUACAGUCGAAAUUUUGAAAAUCUGGAACGUGAGAGUGAAUCAAGUUCAGAGGUCGCUUAUGAAACUGACAAUGUUGCGAGCGAAGACGAAAAACCACCACCAUUGGCUGGGACCAAUGUUAUGAACAUCAUAUUGGUUUCUGCGGAAUGUGCUCCUUGGUCAAAAACAGGUGGGCUUGGAGAUGUUGCUGGAUCAUUGCCGAAGGCUUUGGCUCGGCGUGGACAUCGAGUUAUGAUUGUUGUGCCUCAUUAUGGUAAUUACGCUGAAGCACAAGAUAUAGGAGUACGGAAGCGAUACAAAGUAGCUGGUCAGGACAUGGAAGUGACAUACUUCCAUGCUUAUAUUGAUGGCGUCGAUUUUGUUUUUAUUGACAGUCCAAUAUUUCGCAAUCUAGAGAAAAACAUAUAUGGUGGAAACCGAGUGGAUAUUCUAAGGCGUAUGGUGUUGUUUUGCAAGGCCGCGGUUGAGGUUCCUUGGUAUGUCCCAUGUGGUGGCAUUUGCUAUGGAGAUGGAAAUCUGGUUUUCAUAGCAAAUGAUUGGCAUACUGCUUUGCUGCCGGUGUAUCUGAAAGCAUAUUAUCGCGACCAUGGUUUGAUGAAUUAUACAAGAUCCGUUCUUGUGAUUCAUAACAUAGCUCACCAGGGUCGCGGCCCGCUUGAGGAUUUCAACAACGUGGAUUUACCUGGAAACUACAUAGACCUUUUCAAAUUUCAUGACCCCGUUGGAGGCGAGCACUUCAACAUCUUUGCAGCCGGUUUAAAAACAGCGGACAGGAUUGUCACUGUUAGUCACGGAUAUGCAUGGGAGCUUAAAACUUCCGAAGGUGGUUGGGGUUUGCAUGGGAUCAUAAACGAGAAUGAUUGGAAAUUUAGGGGAAUUGUGAACGGCGUCGACACGAAAGAUUGGAACCCUCAAUUUGAUGUUCACUUGAAAUCAGACGGCUACACUAACUACACUCUCGAGACCCUGCAAACCGGCAAGCCUCAAUGUAAAGCAGCCUUACAAAAGGAGCUCGGUUUGCCUGUUCGUGAGGACGUUCCGAUCAUUUCCUUCAUCGGAAGACUAGAUCAUCAAAAAGGCAUUGAUCUCAUAGCCGAAGCAAUUCCUUGGAUGAUGGACCAAGAUGUUCAACUAGUCAUGCUGGGAACCGGAAGACCUGAUUUAGAACAAAUGCUAACACAAUUCGAAUGCCAACACAACAACAAAAUCCGGGGUUGGGUUGGUUUUUCGGUUAAGAUGGCUCAUAGGAUAACGGCCGGUGCAGAUAUAUUGCUCAUGCCGUCGAGAUUCGAGCCGUGCGGCUUGAACCAACUCUAUGCUAUGAAUUACGGAACAAUUCCUGUUGUACAUGCGGUAGGCGGACUCAGAGAUACAGUGAAGCCUUUUAAUCCGUUUGAAGAGUCGGGUUUAGGGUGGACAUUCGAUAGCGCGGAAGCUAACAGGUUGAUACAUGCAUUAGGGAAUUGUUUAUGGACUUAUAGAGAGUAUAAGAAGAGUUGGGAAGGGCUUCAACAAAGAGGGAUGUCACAAGAUCUUAGUUGGGACAAUGCUGCUCAACAAUAUGAGGAAGUUCUUGUUGCUGCCAAAUACCAAUGGUGAAAUCUUGAUGAAAUGAGUGUUAUAGGGUUUGUGCAAGGGAUAUAGGAGCUUGGAAAAGGGUUUAAAGGUUGAAAUUUUAUGCAUAUGUGUCGUUGGUUCAACCUUCAUCAUGAUGAUGAUCUUGGAGGAACAUUUUUGUUAUGUGAACGUAGGAUUGUGUAUUAAAAGUGGUACAUAUGUCUUUGCACAUACAAAUGUAUGGUCCUUUUGGCAAACAAAUAAAUUAAGCUAAAUAAAAAGAAAAGGAAAGAUGUUAUUACUCCCUCUACAAA